AUCUUCUUUGUUUCUUCUCUCUGAAAUCAACUACUAGAAACACUUUCUACUGAUUUCAAAUUCAAAAACCCAGAAAAGAAAUCAAGAAAAGCUCUGAUUUUUCUUUUUCUUUUGUAAAGAUUUAUCAUGGGUAACGGUAUUGGAAAGCUGAGCGCCUGUUUUAGCGUCGGCGGCGGCGGCGGCGGCAGAGAAGCUCGCCGGAGAAAGGAGUUGCCUUUCUAUUUAUCGGAGCCCCUCGAUGAAGGUCUCGGUCAUUCCUUCUGUUAUGUUCGACCUGACCCUACUCUGCUAUCCUCAUCCAAGGUCCACUCCGAGGAAUCAACAACCGUGUUCCGUGCAAUCUCGGGUGCCUCGGUGAGCGCCAAUACGUCUACUCCGCUAUCGACCGAUCCGUAUGGAUACUGUAGCUUCGAUAGGGCGGCAGCUUUUGAGAGCACGACGUCGUUCGCUUCGAUCCCUCUGCAACCGAUUCCCAGGAAUAUGUCGGGUCCGAUGUCUGGGAAUCUUGUUCCGGGUUCGGGUCCUCUCGAGAGGGGGUUCAUGUCGGGUCCGAUUGAGAGAGGGUUUAUGUCGGGUCCGCUUGAUAAUAACAAUCGCGGGUUGUUCUCGGGUCCACUCGAAAAAGGGUUUUCCGAUCAAUUUCAGAGGAGUUUCUCUCACGGUGCUUCUGCUUUCAAAUCCAGAUCGAGAAAAGGGUCGUUGAUUCGGGUCCUCCAGAGGACGAUAUCGAAGACGGUGUCCCGUGGGCAGAACUCAAUUGUGGCUCCGAUUAAGGGCGUGAUUUCGGUUAAAGAACUCGAUUGGUUGCGAGGGUUCGAGAAGAAUCACAAUCAACUUACCCAUAACGAGAAUCUGACUGUUAGUAGCUUGAAUCUAAGUAGUGAUGGGAGUCUAGAAGAUGACGAUUCUUUGGAGAGUCAUAAUCUUCAAUGGGCGCAGGGAAAAGCAGGGGAGGAUCGUGUACAUGUGGUGGUGUCGGAGGAACAUGGGUGGGUUUUUGUAGGGAUAUACGAUGGGUUCAACGGGCCCGAUGCGCCUGAUUUUCUGUUGUCCAAUCUCUACUCCGCUGUGCAUAAAGAGCUCAAGGGUUUGUUUUGGGACGAUAAAGAACACUCUGUGGCGGUAACAGCCCCUCUAUCCUCCUCUGAGGUAGAGGAAGAUUCAAAUCAGAGCCGUGAUUGGAAUGGUGGAGAAGAUGCUUGCUCACGGUGCUUCGAGGAAGAAAAUUACCCUUCUGAGGAUGUCCAUUUUGAUUUGAAUUCAAAGAGAAAAAGAGGGAGAAAUUCAAGGAGUAGGUAUAGAGGAGCUGCAAAGAAAUGGGAAGAGAAUCAGAAGAGAUGGAAGUGUGAAUGGGACAGGGAGAGACUAGAGCUUGACCGGAGAUUAAAGGAACAGCUGAAUAGAAAUGGCUCCAAUGGGUCAAGUAGUAUAAAUCACUCAGAGGUUCUGAAAGCUCUGUCUCAGGCUUUGAGGAAAACCGAGGAAUCCUAUUUGGACAUUGCUGAUAAGAUGCUUAUGGAGAAUCCAGAGCUGGCCUUGAUGGGUUCUUGUGUGCUUGCAAUGCUAAUGAAAGGAGAAGAUGUUUAUGUGAUGAAUGUUGGAGACAGUAGAGCUGUGGUAGCGCAAAAGGCAGAACCUGAUUACCGGUUGGGGAAGAGUAGACAAGAUUUGGAGAGAAUCAAUGAAGAAACAUUACAUGAUCUUGAAGGAUUUGAUGGGGAUGCACCUGAUUUAGCUCCCAUCUUAGCUGCUUUUCAGCUUAGUGUGGAUCACAGCACCAGUUUGGAAGAAGAAGUUCAAAGAAUAAAAAAUGAACAUCCGGAUGAUCCUUGUGCUGUGAUGAAUGACCGGGUGAAAGGUUCUUUGAAGGUCACUAGAGCUUUUGGUGCUGGUUUCCUCAAACAGCCUAAGUGGAACAAUGCACUUCUUGAGAGGUUCAGAAUAGAUUAUAAAGGAACUUCUCCCUAUAUCACUUGCAUACCAUCUCUCUACCACCACAAAUUGGGCCCAAAAGACAGAUUUUUGAUUUUAUCCUCUGAUGGCCUAUAUCAGUACUUAACAAAUGAAGAAGCUGUUUCUGAAGUUGAACUUUUCAUCACAUUGCAACCUGAAGGAGAUCCUGCUCAGCAUCUCGUUGAGGAAGUCCUCUUUCGUGCUGCAAAGAAAGCUGGAAUGGACUUUCACGAGUUACUUGAAAUACCACAAGGGGAUAGAAGAAGGUACCACGAUGAUAUAUUCAUCAUAGUUAUUUCUUUAGAGGGAAGGAUAUGGAGAUCUUUUGUAUAAUUAGAGAAAAACAAUAGAUAUACCACGGAGAGAAAUGCAAGGAACAAAAAGGAAAACUCAAGCAUUUCCAUCUUUUUUGCUGUUUUUCCUUUUCUUUCUGUCACCUUUGUAACAUAAACAAUCAAGCUUCAUGGAUGCAGAGGAACUUGAUUGUCCAAUGUACUGUGGUGAUGCUGAGGUGUACAGAUGUAGAAUCUGGUUCAUGUUGAUUAUAUAUAAAAUGUGAUAAAAAGAAAAGUGAUUUUGUAUU